AUGUUUCUACAUUUUUUAUUGCCCUUAAUGAAAAAUGUUCUUUAUUUACAUGAUGAUGAGAUUGCAAACUACAAUUAUGCUCGAGCUCAUCCAAUGAAGCCACUGCGUGUGAGCAUGACACACUCAUUAGUUGUGAAUUACGAUUUACAUAAGCACAUGAACAUUAUGAAACCGACUAAGGCUACAUUCAAAAAUUUGCUGAAUUUUCAUACUAGCGAAUACAUGGAUUUCCUAUCUAGUGUAUCUGGUGAGAAUAUGCACGAACUUCUACCAGAUCUUAACCGAUUCAACGUGAGGGACGACUGUCCUGUUUUCUCUGGUCUAUUUGAUUAUUGUAGAAGUGUGGCAGGUGCUUCAAUCAUGGCAGCAAACAAACUGAAUACAAAAGAGUAUGAAACGAUCAUCAACUGGUCUGGCGGAUUACAUCACGCUAAGAAAGCAGAGGCGUCUGGUUUCUGUUAUGUGAACGAUAUUGUUCUUGCAAUUUUGGAAUUAUUGAAAAUGCAUGAAAGAGUACUUUACAUUGACAUUGAUGUGCAUCAUGGAGAUGGAGUUGAAGAAGCAUUCUAUUUGACGGAUCGCGUGAUGACGCUUUCGUUUCAUAAGUUUGGUGAUUUCUUCCCAGGAACUGGUCGCCUUGAGGAUCGUGGACUGGAACAAGGUGAAAAUUAUGCUGUGAAUGUGCCAUUGAAAGACGGAAUAGACGACGAAGCAUAUGAGAGUAUUUUUACUCCAGUUGUGGAGAGAAUUAUGGCAGUGUUUCAGCCUAAAGCAGUCGUAUUACAAUGUGGGGCGGAUUGUCUUUCAGGAGACAAAUUGGGGUGCUUCAACCUCACAGAAAAAGGUCAUGGUCGAUGUGUUGAAUUCGUGAAAAGCUUCAAUUUGCCAAUGCUGAUUUUGGGAGGAGGAGGCUACACGAUUGAAAAUGUGGCUAGAGCAUGGACAUACGAUACUGGAAUGGCAUUAGGAAUCAGGUUGAAUGAGGAUGUGCCAUACAACGAAUUCAUUGACUAUUACACGCCUACAUUCAAGUUGACUAUUCCAAAGUCAAAUACAGAGAACAUGAAUAAGAGAGAAGACGUUGACAAAAUCAUUAACAGAAUUUACGAGAAUCUUAGAAACAUAAAGACAGCACCAUCUGUACAAUUGAACAGAACACCAAGUGAAUUUGUUGAGGAGGAAAGUUGUGACGAAUUCAUCUACAGAAAACUACAGGAAGAGAAUCAAGAUGCAACUAUUGCAAUGAGCACAGAUGUGGAGUGA